GCUGACUAAUCAAAACAAGCUCCAAACAAAAACAAAAUGGUGACUCUUCAAAACAAAUUACUGCUGUGCACCAGCAUCUUUACUUUUGUAUCUAUUACAGCAUCUGCUUCAUUAUUAAAUUUAAUAAGUGAUAUUGAUCCAUGUGAAGAUGCUUGUCAAAAAACAUAUCCAUCUCAUACUUAUGAUAAGAGCCAAUCAAUAGAGUGUUGCAAGCGAGGAUGUCGUCUUUAUUCAAUUAUUGAGCUGGUUGGGGAAGAAGAUAGCAUCAAUGGAACUCUCAAAUCAUGUUUUGAUAACUGCAAUGAUGCCUACCCUGGAGACACUGAUGAGACUUCAGCCUGUUCACUGGGGUGCAGUAGUCAAAAACCUUUCACAGACAAAUGGGGCCAUCUGGUGGAUAUGGACUCUGAUUUCAUGCAUGAAGGGAUGCCCAGGAUGAUGUAUCCAUUCUUGUAUAUGCACAACAUGUAUAGCAAUAUGGUGGACAAAGUGACCCAUCACAUGUCAGUAUCCUGGUCAUUUUUUAUGCAAGAUGGCAGUGGGAGGCUUGUGGUGAUCAAGUCUCAGCCUCAGGUGCUGGAUAUGGAUGUACAAGAUUUUGAUGACUACUCAGCCUUCAAAGGAACGAGCUCAAUGAUUGAAACCAACAUCGAGGCAUCAGACAACACAGCCACAGAGGUGCUGAGGCACUCACAGAUGAAGUCAGCCAGAGGUUUUACAGAUGAGCUCAAUGCAGCCGAGGCUGAGCCAUGGAAGCUGAAUGACAACAGCAGCGACUGGCUGACAUGUAUCGCACGCAAGACUGGCAUUCCUCGUCUAAUUUUGUGUAUGAUCAUCCUGUUUAGCGCCAUUGCUAUGAUAUGGCUGUGUAUGUCGGCUGCUGUCACUGCACCUGAGCAAAGAUUUCCACAGCAGAAGCUGAGCAUAAGUGGAGACCUGGAGUACCUGCGCUACCUGCCUGACAAGAAGGGCAUCAAGGGCAUCCACCCUCAAGACUUUAUAGAGGCCAGGCCCCUACCUGUUAAAAUCCACGUGGAGAAGAUCUAAAGGGAACACUUUGUUUGCUAUGUAAACCAGUCCCAGAAAACUGAACCAGUUUCUUUUUUAUCUUGGGUUUUCUUUGCUUUAUUGCUCAUUCAUUUGUGGGGUUUCAAUUUUUGGGAGCACCAAUGUUUAUACAUUAAAUGGUCUCCUUCUGCAUAGUUUAGUUGUAAGUUCUAAAUCUUAUGAGAAUGGUUAAAAAUGAAAUACUGUCCAUCUAUAACAUGACCAGUGUUACUUUAAUAUAUUAUGUUCUGAUUAUGCUUUUGUAGUUGAGCAUAUUUAAUGUAUAAAUAUUUGUUACUCUUUUCAUCUUUGCAAUAAUUUUUUUCAUACUGAUCUGGUAUUGUUUUUAUAGAUUUAGAUGUAGAGCUAUGAAUUGUUGUCUCAAAAAACAAACUCAGUGAAUACCAUCUUUAAAAAAACAUUUCUCAAUGAAAUUAUUGAAACAUUUAAUCAAAUGAAAAACAUUGUGUUUACAAUUUCAAUGAAACAAAAUCUAAACCACAAAGUAAACUGCAGCAAAAGUUUUUAACUGCUGUACCCUGGUAUCUGACAUGUGGUAAACAUUUUGUCCAGUGAUUGAAUGUAAUUUGAUCACAAGAAACUCACCAGGCCUUUCUUACCUCAUCAGUGUUGUAUAGGCAUUCAGAUCAUGCUGAUUUUAGUCAAGGAAGAAACAUAUCAUUUUGUGUAUUGACUGACAUUUUAUCUUAUUUCCUUUUAGGUAAAAAGGAAAUUUUUUUUCUUCUUUACUCUGUGUUUGAAAAUGAAAAGAAAAUGAUCUUGAAGAAAGUUUUCUAAUGGCUA